AUGAUGAUCCACCCCAAUCCGGAGCAGUACGAGCUGAGGCCGGGGCCUAGGCUGUUUGCUGCGACUCGAAGGAACACGGACGCCGAGUGGGAGUGGGGCUGUGGCAUGUUCAUCGAACUUGCGUUCCUCCAAGAUCAGGGCUCCUACGUGGGCCAGACGGUGGAUUUGAGGCCCUCCUUGCACCAGUUCGCCGAAGUGGUCGCCACCUGGGCGGAGAAGGAGACCUACAACUCCGAGUUUAAGCUCAAGCUCAAGGCUGUGAAGAGGACGCGUCUUCCGGAGUACGCGCUGAAGGCGCGGAGUGCCAAGCGCCGCGUCUCCAUCUUGUCUGUCUGCAGGGUGCAAGUGCCGCUCCUCCGGCCAGAAAUUGCCGCGGGCGACCAGAGGCCUGUUGCCAGAGAGGCAGCUGGGGCAAACCAGGCCUCGGCCGCGCCGAUGCGCAGUGAUGGGCCUCCACUGUUGGACGAGGCUUGGUUGAAGGUGCUGUCCUUCUUCUCUGCGGUGGACCUCUGCCGGGUCGGCGAAGCGCACGCCAAGCUCAAAUCCUUGGCGAGCGACGAGGACACCUGGAAGAGCCUGUGCCAACAUCGCUGGCACGGCAAGCAGUGGAUGAAGCCGGGUGAGCUCUUCCGAAAUGGUGACUACUCUGGCUUGAGACUGUCCGUGGCAGAGUGCAAAUCUCUUCUUCAGCGACGUGGCUUUCAGAUACCACAUGUCACCGAGAAGUCCGAUCUACUCUGCGCGCUUCACGAGACGAACCCGCAUGUUCCAGGAGCCCGACGUGGCAUGGCCAUGAUCCCCAGCAAGUGGAAGCGAUGCUACGUGUACGCAGAGGUGGACAGCAGAAGGCAGCACAUUACAGAGGAGGAGGUCGCACACUUCCGCUGGCAGCUAGUCUACCACGGCCGGCCAUCUUCCAUGGGCUUGAGGCACUUCCAGAAGAAUGGCGUCUUCGUAUCCCCACACUUUGGGGAGACGAGGUGGUCCUUACUCCACGGCGGCACGUGGUUCAUGAUGCAGGGCAUAGACCCGCUGAAGGUGAGCCGAAACCUUGACAACUGGGGCUGGGUCAUCGGCGCGGAGACCAGUACUGAAUACCACUCGGCUGAGGUUGAACAGCAUACUUGA